AUGCAUCUCCCGCGGAGCUGCAUCGUCCUCCUCAUCCAGGGGAGCAUCUCGCUGCUGGUGGUCUGUGGCCAAGAAGAACCAGGGAAAGGUGCAGAGCAACGUGAACCCAAAACCCAGGAGAGAGCUCAAGUGCAGAAGACGAGAGGGCUGCUCUCUCCAAAGUCGCUGUUAACUCCAACCUUACUGCAGAACAUCACCCUCCUGGAGCUGGGGAGCAGCUCACGGGAGUUAUGGGAUAUCCUGGACAACCUGUCUGAGCGGGACCACGCUCCGCACCCCAGAGGACAGAGGGACUUGGGACCAGCCUCAGGCAAGCUUAAAAAAAUUUUUGGCUGGGGAGAUUUCUAUUCCAAUAUCAAGACAGUGAAGUUGAACCUCUUGAUCACUGGAAAGGUGGUGGAUCACGGCAACGGCACCGUCAACGUCUUCUUCCGACACAACUCUACUGGGCAAGGGAACAUCUCCGUCAGCCUCGUCCCCCCCACCAAAGCAGUGGAGUUUGACCUGGAGCAACAGAUCUUCAUCGAGGCCAAAGAAUCCAAAAUCUUCAACUGCCGCGUGGAGUACGAGAAAGUGGAUCGUGCCAAGAAGACCACUCUCUGCACGUACGACCCAUCUAAGACCUGCUACCACGAGCACACCCAGAGUCACGUCUCCUGGGUCUGCUCGAAACCCUUCAAAGUCAUCUGCAUCUACAUCACCUUCUACAGCAUAGACUACAGGCUGGUGCAGAAAGUCUGUCCCGACUACAACUAUCACAGCGACGUACCCUACUACCCCUCGGGAUGA